GCAACCACGAGAAGCUCGACCGCCGUCUUUGACUCCACAUUGCAACCUCAGACUCCCAACUCUUUGCCAAACAAAUAAUCACCUGCGACCAUGGCGGAGGCGCCGAUUGUACUCGAUGGAGGUACCGGUUUCCUCAAGGUUGGCUACGCCGGUCAAAACUUCCCGGAGCACCAAUACCCCUCGAUCGUCGGACGACCCAUAUUACGAACAGAAGAGCAGACGGCAGGAGACAUUCAGCUGAAGGACAUCAUGUGCGGAGACGAAGCCGCAGCGGCGCGAUCAAUGCUUCAAAUCACAUAUCCGAUGGAGAACGGCAUUGUCAAGCGAUGGGACGACAUGCAGCACCUGUGGGACUACACUUUCAACGAAAAGAUGCAGAUCGACCCGACUGGCCGCAAAAUUCUGCUCACAGAACCGCCGAUGAACCCGCUCAAGAACCGCGAACAGAUGGCAGAGGUCAUGUUUGAGCGCUACAACUUUGGCGGACUCUACGUCGCCAUUCAGGCAGUGCUCGCUCUAUACGCGCAAGGUCUUUCAUCCGGUGUGGUGGUCGAUUCAGGAGACGGAGUCACACAUAUCGUUCCCGUUUACGAGAGCACGGUGUUGAACCACCUCACCCGAAGACUGGACGUUGCUGGAAGAGACGUCACCCGCAAUCUAAUCUCACUGCUCACUCGUCGAGGUUACGCUUUGAACCGAACGGCGGAUUUUGAGACGGUCCGUGCGAUCAAGGAGAAGCUCUGCUAUGUUUCCUACGACCUUGCGCUUGACCAGCGUCUCAGCGAGGACACCACUGUUCUUGUUGAAUCUUACACCCUCCCUGACGGCCGCGUCAUCCGAGUCGGCAGCGAACGAUUCGAAGCGCCGGAAUGUCUGUUCCAGCCUCACCUCGUGGACGUCGAACAACCCGGCAUCGCCGAAUUCCUCUUCAACACAAUUCAGUCCGCCGACGUCGAUAUUCGCUCCUCCCUCUACAAGGCGAUUGUGCUAUCAGGAGGAAGCAGUAUGUACCCUGGUCUGCCUUCUCGCAUGGAAAAGGAGAUCAAGCAGCUGUGGCUUACAAAAGUGCUGGGUGGCAACCCGGAGCGUUUGGGCAAAUUCAAGGUCAGAAUAGAGGAUCCGCCGCGGAGACGGCACAUGGUGUUUUUGGGCGGUGCGGUGCUCGCGAAUAUCAUGGCGGAUAAAGAUGCCAUGUGGGUAUCGAAGCAGGAGUGGGAGGAGCAGGGUGUGCAUGCUUUGAAGAAGCUUGGAGGAGAUAGAUGA